AUGGGCAGACACACCGUGCAAAAGUCUGCAGGGGUUCUUGAGUUAGAUGUCAUCUCACCAUUAUCAGCGCAGAUUUCUACACUGACCAAUCAAGUCAACCAGAUGAACUUGAGUAUCAACAAGCAACAGGAACAACUGAUUCAAGCUUUUUGUGAAAUAUGUGGAGAGGGGCUCACGAGCAACAUAUGCCCCGCAAACCCAGAGUCUCUUGCCAAUGCUCAAAACACUAGACCAGCUGGAGCUCUUCCAAGUGACACUGAGGCAAAUCCUAGGGCGGCCCUUCAUGUCGUGCCGUUGAGGAAUGGGAGACAACUAGAAGAAGUUCAGUCUAAAAAGAGGAAACAUGUGACUUUACAUGAGAGGCCAACCACUAUAGAAUCAACAUCAGAGAAUGCUAAGGAGCCAGAGAAGCCAGCUGGAGAGGCGGUUGACAUCUUACAAGAAGUACCCAAAUAUACAAAGUACAUCAAGGACAAUGUGGCAAAUAAAAGGAGGCUAACCGAGUUCGAGACUGUGGCACUCACUGAGGAGUGCAGUUCCAGAAUUCAAGGCAAGUUACCUCAGAAAUUGAAGGAUCCAGGUAGUUUCACUAUCCAAAUAUCGAUUGGUAAAUAUGCCGUUGAGCGAGCUUUAUGUGAUCUUGGAGAAAGCAUCAAUUUGAUGCUGCUAUCUGUGUUCAGACAGUUGGGGUUGGGUGAGCCACGCCCAACAACAGUUAUCUUACAGUUAGUUGAUCGCCCCCUUGCUCAUCCUGAGGGAGUGAUUGGAGAUGUGCUAGUUCAAGUGGGUUCCUUCAUAUUCCCUGCUGAUUUCAUUAUCCUAGAUUACGAGCCUGAUCAGGAAGUUCCAUUUAUUUUGGGGCAUCCAUUCUUAGCCAUGGGCCGAGCUAUUAUUGAUGUCUGCGAAGGAAGAAUGACAAUGAGAGUGGGUGAUCGAGUGGAGGUCUUCAAUGUUUAUAGAGCACUCAAGUUACCAGCCCACUAUGAAGAGUUAUUCAUGAUCUCUGUGGUGUAG